AUGACUCGGUCUAGUACUUCUCUUUCAACAAAUAAUCAUGCAAAUGCAAUUCAAAAUACAAUGAAGAGAAAAUCGCUUGCAGCAGAUAGCGACAAUGAAAAGAAGAAAACAAAGAAAGCAACAACUAGUUAUCAACGUAAAUCCUCCAAAAGUUUCAACUGUGGUAUAUGCUUUGAUUCUGUAACAGUCUCUAAAAUCUUCACAAACACUUCAUGCAACCAUCCAUUUUGUACUAACUGCAUAUCCAAGUACGUGAAUGUUCAAAUAAACAAAAAUGCUGCAAAAGUGACUUGUCCAAAUCCGGAAUGUUCUGUGGAACUGAAACCACAACAUUUGCAAUCCAGUUUACCUAAUCAAGUCAUUGUUGAAUGGGAAUCUGCAAUUUGCGAGUCUUCGAUUUCUUUGAAGCAAAAGAUUUACUGUCCUUACAAGAAUUGUUCUGUUAUGUUGGUGAAUGACGGGGUAGAAGUAGUUACAAGUUGUGAAUGUCCUUCUUGUCAUAGGCUAUUCUGUGCACAAUGUAAGGUUCCAUGGCACGCAAACAUGAGUUGUGGGAGAUUUCAGAAUUCGACUAAGGUUCGAGAUGAAAAAGAAUUGAAUGAGAAAUUUAUGGACUUGGCUAAAAGAAAGAAGUGGCAGACAUGUCCCAAAUGUUCUAUGCAUGUUCAGAGAAAUGGUGGAUGUGAACAUAUAUCAUGCAGGUGUGGAUGUAGCUUCUGCUACAAGUGUGGGAAGGAUUGGAAGCAUGGACAUGUAUGCAAUAGAUCUUAA